UGGUCAGCUGUCACAUUGCUAGGAUCCUAGUUGGGGGAAGGAGGGACAAGGCCCAGAUCCCGUGGGAUUGUCUCUGGACUCCCCAACCACCAGGGGGAGCCCUGGCUCUGUAUUCCAGGGGUCCCUCCUGUGGGGAGAGGUCUUUGCAGGUUGGACCUUGUGGAGGACAAACCUGAGUGUCCCAGCACACCAGCCUGCUAGACCGAGGGAGGUGGGUCGCUGACCCGCUAGACCGAGAGCAGAAGGUCGCUGACCUGCUAGACCGAGGGAGGAGGGGUAGCAUGCGUAGCCAGUCAGGGAUCAGGCACCAUGGAGAAGCCCACUGUGGCCCCGUCUGCGUUUAGGGGCUGGGGACAGGGUGAUGUGGGAGGGCCCGGGCUGGCAGAGCUGCUCCAGGCCUUAGGUGCUUCUGGCGCCGACAGGUCUCUCUGUGAGGAGGGGGCUUCCCAGCGUAAAAUGUCUAACUCGAAUGGUACUGGGUUAUGUGUCUUUCAGCUGAUGACAGCAGUGACCAGUGCCUUUUUACUUGCAAAAGUGAUCCUCUCAAAGCUUUUCUCUCAAGGGGCUUUCGGCUACAUGCUCCCCAUCAUUUCGUUCCUCCUUGCCUGGAUUGAGACGUGGUUCCGGGAUUUCAAAGUGUUACCUCAAGAGGCGGAAGAGGAAAACAGACUCCUGAUAGUUCAGGAUGCUUCGGAGAGGGCGGCACUCAUACCUGGAGGUCUUUCUGAUGGUCAGUUUUAUUCUCCUCCUGAAUCUGAAGCAGGUAACAAAAAUGUGAUUAUCGUCUGUGUUUUCAUCCAUCAUUCAAAAGCUCAGCCCUCCCUCCCUCUCCUGUCAGAACGCUGCUGAGCAGACAUCUCACAGCGCAGGCACGUAGGAGACGGAAAUAACUGAGACGUGGUCUUGAUGUGGGAGCAGUGGGGAGACACAGAGUGUAAAAUACGUGUAACCCGGGGACACAGACCCCGUGUGACCGGCCAUCUGCAUCUCAGAA